UCUUUGAAAUCUCCAACCGUUUGAUUGGGCAAAGUUGGCGCAUGUUGUUUUGGUGUUUGAGGAUGUAAACAGCUUUGCACUUUUAGUGGUUACAUUUGCAACCCAAUGCACUUUGCAAGAUAAAGCCUUUUUGUUUUUAUAGAUUGACUUUAAAAAGUGCAUGAAGAAGUUAUGUCUUCAGUAGCAAAGCACAGGCGGCAGUUUUGAUGUUUGGAUGUGUUCUUUGAAUAUUAGCACCAUUUAUUACUGGGCUCAUUCUUAUACAUGAAUUUAAAUGGAUUUCAGUUAACGGGUUGAUAAAGUAGAACAAGGAACCAUGCGCAUCGUCUAUUUUGUUGCAUUUCUAUUGUGCCUAACAGUACAACAAUGUUCCUCCUCCAAUACAUCCAAACUGAUUGAAGAGUCCAGCCAGAGCUUCACAGAGAGGAUGCACACAGGAAAAACAUCCUUCAUAUACUUUGGAAAUCAAGUCAAUCCCACCAUCGAACUGUUCAUGGAGCAGCUAGAGAUGUCAGCUGAUGCCUUACUUGACUAUGGAAUAUCUGUUGCAAAGGUAAAUUGUUCAAAGGAAUCUAUUUCAAAUUACUGCUCAGGAGAAAAGCUACUAACCAAGGCGUACUUGUUCAGAGGCUCUGAGGUCCUGAGAAGCUUUGACAUUGAUACUGUAUUUGAUGUCAACGCAAUUGUUUCUCAUGUCCUAUUCGCUGUCCUCUACAAUGAGGUUCGGUACGCACACACACCUGCUGAGCUGCUACGCGUGGAGAGUGCAGCCAAACAAAAGAGAGACGUUGUGGUCGGUCACAUACAAGUGCUUGGCCUUCCAGAGCAUCGUGCUUUGAUGGAGGCAGCGUUUGUGUAUGGAACAAAGUACCAGUUUGUUCAGACAACUGGAGCUCCAGUCCUGAAACAUAUGGGGGUUGUUGAUUCCUCUUCCUCGCGAGCACGACUUUGGUUUCUGCACUGUAAAGGUGUGUCCCGGCAGUCUGAUCCCUGUCCCAGUACCCCUAUGAUGAAAUCGCUUAACACCAUCAACAUACACACUUUUCUCCAGCUGAUGGAGGCGCCUCUAGUGACAGAGGCAACAGGUGACCCCUCUGAGGUAGAUGUGAUUCAUAUACACCUCAGUGUUCCUAUACUGUAUCUGUUCUGUCAGCCCCACACCAUGCACCUGGACCGGGUCACCGCUCAGACUCUCGCCCUGCAGCUCCGUGGGGAGGUCGGCGUAGUGCUCAUUCAUAGGGACUCUGCUGAUGUGAAAACUCCACAACAAUACAACGCUGCUUACCGACUCCCACAGGAGGAAGUGAAAUAUUUCACCCUGAAUAGCGCAGAAGAGGUUGUGAAACUUUUUAGCAAAGAUCUUUUGCAAGACUACAAGGAAGAAGAAGAAGAAGAAGAUGAGGAACAUUGGUCUGAUCUUGAUAUCCUUGAUGACGAGGUGUCCGAAUCGGUGCAUCGCGACAGAGAUCUUAUGCUGGAUUUAGAGUCAGUUACAGAACUCACAUCUGACAACUUUCAAACUACAGUUACAGGAAAUGAUAUCACAGCAGUGCUGUUCUAUUUUAAAUGGGAUGCUGUUUGCAUCGCUUUCAUUCAGUCAUUUAUAGAAGUGGCUGAUGGCCUUGAAGGUGUGAGUGGUGUGGAGUUGGCGGCUGUAGACUGUGGUGAAUGGACUGACAUAUGCAGUGAUCAAAAUAUCACUUCCUUCCCUACUGUUCUUGUCUAUCGCCCCAUGGAAGCUGCUCAGCCUUACAGGGGCAUGCUGGGAACCAAGAGCCUUCACAGGUUCAUUCUACUGAGUCAGCUCUCCAGUCCUUUCCUUCUCUCCUCUGUUGAGGUGUUGUCAUUCUUAGAGGGUGAUUUGUACAGUAAACAUGCAAAUCUGUCACCUGUCAGAGUGCUGGGCCUUUUCAGUUCAACACAAGACCCUGGUGUGACUUUAUUUGAAGAAGCUGCAAGACAUCUCAGGGGAGAAACAAUUCUUGGCCUAUUUGCACACAAAGAUGCAGAAAAAUGGGUGGAGGGAAUGUCUGUAAACUUGCCUGCUUUGCUGGUGUCCCGUGGCCCUGGAGUUCCUCGUGAUGCCUAUGCUCUUCCAUCAUCAUCAUCGACGAAGGACCUAGUCACACUCAUACAGAGAGCGGAGCUGGAUCAGUUUCCUGAACUGACAGUGGAGAAUCUACCUUGGUAUUUGGGGCUUGGGAAACCUUUGCUAAUUCUCUUCAUUGGAAAGGAAGAUGGUACAGACAAUGCAAAGUCUUUAACAGAGAUCAGAAAUCUGCUGAGCUCUGGACAGCUGAACUCAUUCCUGCCUUGUUGGAUCCAUCUGGGUCGCACACCUAUUGGAAGGUCUGUCUUGGAGAAGUAUCUUGGAUUUGUACCUCCACUUCCUGCUUUGGUGGUGUCACAGUUGGGCGCUGGAGGAGAGGUGUUCCUUUUCCCCUCAGAGCGCCCCCUAAUGGAGACGAGCGUCCUGCAGUGGCUACGUGGUGUUGAGAAUGGAAGGGAACAGCCAGCCGGUGUGAUCCCCGAUGGGAAAUGGGGGCCUCCUGUGCCAUUCUAUGACUUUUUGGCAAUAAUAGACCAAGAAGUGCCAGGUUAUGCAAGUCAGAGGGGUCCUAAAAUGAAGACUGGGGGCAGGGAAGACCACAAAGAGCAAGGGAAGAAGGAUGUUGCCCAUAACCAAAGACAAACCUCGCAUCCAUCACCAAACCCCCAUGCACCUCACCAGCACUCGGAACUAUAGAGCCAACACAGACCCCUCUCAGGAAAUGAGCUUUCCUCAUGUCACUUGAGUGUUAGUAAGCAUUUCACAUACAGGCUGGUUGACAUCUGCUGCCGGGUUUCACGUUACAUGUUCCGCAUCUUAAAGUGCCGUUAAUGUUUUCAAUGCUAUUUGUAGAAAUGUGUAUAUAUCCGAAUGUCAUUAUUACCAAGCUAUUUCUGACUUGGUUACUUUGUUGUCAGAUUUCUUCUCCAAAUCAACAUGUGUGUGUGUAUAUAUAUAUAUAUAUAUAUAUAUAAUCAAAAUAAAUCAGCAUACCCACAAGCUUGUUUUUAUUUUUAGCGCCAUGACUUUAUUUAUUGACCUAAUGUGGCAUUCAAACCUUUUGAUGUUUACAUUGGGGUCUAAAGGCCUAAGACAACCAGUUAAAAUGCUUCUGUUUUGCAUUUUUGUAAUCUAAUACCUUUUUUAUGCUAUCAGCAUAACAAUUUGAGUGAAAAGUUUGAUAUACAUUUUAUGUCAGCAAGCACCCAACCUGGUAUGAUCUCCACAAUUUGGGCAAAUCUUUGCUUAUUUAUUAAUCACUUAAAAUAGUGCAAAAUAUUAAACAUUUCAUAUAUAUUUUACAUCAUUAAAACUCUUUGUUUAAUCUUUCUUCAAAAUGCUAAAACCUUGUAUAUUUCCAAGUUUAAUGUAGAAUUUAA